GCGGAGAGGUUGCUGGGGCAGCCGACGUGGGCGGCGUCACUGAGCCGCGCCAGCUGAGCCAGGUGGAUUCGUCUUCUCGCCUGCUGCUUUCCCCUCCUGGCUCGCGCCGUCUCCCGCCGCCUGUCGAUCCCGCUUCCAUGUCCCUGGCGGACACAGCAUCCCGGAACCUCCACGCCCAUGGCCACUAGGCAGAGGGAGUCGUCCUUCACCUCCUGCUCUUCCACCUCGAGCUGCGACGCGGACGACGAGGGUGUGCGCGGCACCUGCGAAGAUGCUUCCCUGUGCAAGAGGUUUGCAGUAAGCAUUGGCUACUGGCACGACCCCUACAUCCAGCACUUUGUGAGACUGUCUAAAGAGAGGAAGGCCCCCGAAAUCAACAGAGGAUACUUUGCUCGAGUCCAUGGUGUCAGUCAGCUUAUAAAGGCAUUUCUACGGAAGACAGAAUGUCAUUGUCAAAUUAUCAACCUUGGGGCAGGGAUGGAUACCACCUUCUGGAGAUUAAAGGACGAAGAUCUUCUCCCAAGUAAAUAUUUUGAGGUUGACUUUCCAAUGAUCGUCACGAGAAAGCUGCACAGCAUCAAAUGCAAGCCUCCCCUAUCCAGCCCCAUUCUAGAACUGCAUUCAGAGGACACACUUCAGAUGGAUGGACACAUACUGGAUUCAAAGAGAUAUGCUGUUAUUGGAGCAGAUCUCCGAGACCUGUCUCAACUGGAAGAGAAACUAAAGAAAUGUAACAUGAAUACACAAUUGCCAACACUCCUGAUAGCUGAAUGUGUGCUGGUUUACAUGACUCCAGAGCAGUCCGCAAACCUCCUAAAGUGGGCAGCCAACAGUUUUGAGGUGGCCAUGUUCAUAAACUACGAACAGGUGAACAUGGGUGAUCGGUUUGGGCAGAUCAUGAUUGAAAACCUGCGGCGACGACAGUGUGACCUGGCGGGCGUGGAGACCUGCAAGUCAUUAGAGUCACAGAAAGAACGGCUCCUGUCGAAUGGGUGGGAAACAGCAUCGGCCGUCGACAUGAUGGAGUUGUACAGCAAGUUACCUCGAGCUGAAGUGAGCAGGAUAGAAUCACUUGAAUUCCUGGAUGAAAUGGAGCUGCUGGAGCAGCUAAUGCAGCAUUACUGCCUUUGCUGGGCAACCAAAGGAGGAAAUGAACUUGGGCUGAAGGAGAUAACUUACUAAUCUGUUGAAGGCUUAUGCCGAGCCAGAAGCCGAAGCCACUCGCCAUCCUGAAGGAGACCUGCGAGCUCCCUGAGUGGUGAACAGGCCUUGUCCGUGGUCUCAUCCCACAGUCUGAGAAGCCUAGGUUACUACAAUGGUCGCACCUGUUCCUGUUCCCCUUCCUGUUCUGUUGGCAUAUCAUUGUUUAAAUAAAUCUCACUUGCCAGUCA